AUGCCCAGGUACUGCACUUCUGACAAUGGCUAUGGCAGGCCCGUGGUGUUUCGAGGAGCAGCAAAUUCCUGGAAAGCCAUGAACUGGAGCUCGGAUGAGUACUUGCUGGAAAGGUUUGGCUCCGAACGGAUAUCUGGCGUGGAGCACAACUUGAAGGAGACACGUGCGGGUGGCCAGGUUGAUGGCAUGGUGAAGCUUCGAGACUUUCUGGGUCAGUACAACACAACUGAUAUUUACAUGGUUUCGGGAGUCCCAAAGAACAUGAUGAAGGAGGUGGAGUUCCUACCAUGCCUGGAGUGCGGUGGGUACCUCAGUUUUCUUGACACGCACAACUUCUGGAUGGGCCGUGGAGGCAGUAAAUCCGUGGUGCACUACGAUGAUCAGGACAACAUCAAUUGCAUGAUAGCGGGCGAAAAGCGCUUUGUGUUCAUGCACCCAUCCUACAAAAAUGUGUUUGAGGCGCAUCCGAACACAAAGAAAAAUCGUUUCGGCUGGGUGGAUACUGACUUGGACAGGUCUGUACCUGGCUAUGGUGCCUUCAUGGGAAAGAUCGAUGUGGACAGGAUGGAUUUGGUCCAGUAUCCUGGAUGGGUGGAUGUCAAAUGGAGCUAUGCUGACCUGCAGCCUGGCGAUUGCCUGUACAUCCCCUUCCAGUGGUACCACCAAGUGACCGCUAAAAGGGGCAGAUCGAUCAACGUCCACGUGUGGUACUGGAGGCCUGCAACCUUCAACGCAGCAAGCUGCAACCAGGAGUUGAAGCACAAAGUUGCCACCUCCUUUGCAGACUGCAGCUGGGGCUACGAGCCCAAUGGGGGGCACCUGGGCAAAGUGCAGAAAGGGUGGAAGAGGCCUACGAAGUGCAAGAAGGCAAAGACGUCAUCCCAGGAGCUGUAA